CCGAACGUCAACUAAACGAUCUUCGAGGAGAAGUUAUGUUUUUGCAAGUGGGUGGGCUAGACAAUAUUAUUGACUUGUAAAUAUGUGGAUAUUUAUUAUAGUUAAUAAUAUCAAUUUUCCCAUCUAAAAUUCUCAAUAAAUAAAUGACAUGAUAAGACUUUGCUUGUUUUAAAGGACAUUAUUGUUCUCAGUGUAGUUGUAUAGAUAUGUCAUCCAGAAUGGAUCUAAUGGAUCUUGCACGUCACUUAAGGCAGGAAGCUUUAUUUGUUCAAUCAGAAAAACAAAAUCUACAAUCAUUAAAUGAAAAGGUUAUGAAAACUGCAGAGAAUUUAUAUCAUCUAUCAUGGAUAGCUCGCCAGCAACGUCAGACCCUUGAUAACUUGUUACUCUCUCAUACAGAUUCAAAUCUGGCAUCUUGUUAUCAGCGCUCAAAUGUGGUUGAAACUGCAAAUUUCAUUGAUUCUUACAAACAACUUGGGAUAAAUGAUUGUAAUUUUUCGGAAUUUCUGCAACAGUUGAGAGAGAAUCCUAAAAUUCUUGCUUCAUGUCUCAAUUAUGGAGAAAAGAUUGAUUUAAGUGCAAUGCACCAAAUAGUAAACAUUAUUAUGGCUGCUAUAUAUGGAAACUGCAUUUUGCCAGAGGAUGAAGUUCAUGCACUGGUCUUGUUGAAAGAGCUUAUGUCACUCCAACUUGCUAUGAGUGAUAACCCAAGAAGGUUAUUAAGACAUGGUUCCUGUGCUUUUAGUCGUUUUUAUAAGAUAUUCAGUGAGUGUCUGUUCAGUGCCAAAAUCUUCCUCACUGCAGCACUCCAUGAGCCUAUAAUGAAUCUCUUAAUGGAAGAUGAUUUGUUUUUGGAUAUCGAUCCCAGCAAAGCUGCUGUGCGAUUUCAUCCCCAAGAGCGACUGCAACAUUUUGGAAAGGAGGGCACACCUGAGUAUGCUGCGUCUCUCCAAAAUUACCGUAAUUGGACCGUAAAGAAACUGGUCAAUAUUACCAAUCGCUUUAUUGAAGAGAUACGCAACAAUCUCUACUGCUUUCCCCAGAGCUUGUCAUGGUUAGCUCGUCAAAUGUACAACAUCCUUAUGAAAGCAAAGCGAGUGGAAGUCAGGGAAGUUGGGGCUAUGUGUGCUGACCUUGUAUUUGCAUUCUUCAUUUGCCCAGCUAUUGUUGAUCCUGAAUCUUAUGGAAUAACAGAUAUUCCAAUAAGCUAUAUUGCCAGAUUUAAUUUGAUGCAAGUAGCUCAAAUUCUCCAAGUUUUAGCUAUGUCUAAGUGGGAGGAAAUAGAUCCAAAGCUUAUGGAUUUAUAUGGAAAAUUUGAAAAGGAUUGUAUGUCUUCAUUGUUAGAUUUAAUAUUAGAAGGCAGCACUACUGACUCACCUGCAGAUUUAGUAAACCAAUUUCAGGAUCUUAAUAGAUCAGCUAUUCUCAUAACAGAAUCAGAACUGCAUUCAUUGGUGUCCUUUUUGAAAACUAUUGAGGCUGAAUCUUCAGACCCAAUAUUGAAAAAAACUUUAUAUACAAUGGUAAACCAUCUUCCAAUGCUUCAAGUAAAUGGUCCCUCUAUGCAAAAUGGAAAUCUAGGAAGUCCUGGAAUAAUUUCAAAUUCUUCUGACAAUCAGCCAAUGACACCAUCUACAAAAAGGAGCUUUCUUGGUAAAGUUGGUCGUAAAAGUUCAAAAUUACCAAGUAAUAUGAUGUUAAAUUCCGAUAACCACGCUGAUGAAACCAAUGGUUUGCCAGAAGUUGAUGCUACUGUAGCAGCUAAAACACAGUUAGAGGAUGUCUUGGUUGUACCUAUUUUGGGUAUUGAUUUUGAUUGCCCAGGAAUGUUAACAGAGGAUAAAGUGUUGGCUAUGGAAUCUCAAAAGAAAAAAGCAUCCCUGGAAAAUGGUAGUUUAUUAGAAGAAAGCGAUACUUUGAGUGUUGGUCCAGAAAUAAUCGAGAAGAGGACGAGAUUCUCUCUUUCACAAGAUCAGGAAUCUGUUGGCACCAGUGAUAAUCUAGAAGCUGUGUCUGAAGCUGCUUCUAAUCAUUCAGUGGCUUCUUCACUCGAUUUGGAAAAUGAGAAUGAAAACGACAAUUUGUCGGAUAUGGUAUCUGCAAAUGUUAGUGGCCGAGGGACGCCGAAUGUUAGUGGCCGAGACACUCCAUCAUCUCAACUUGAAGGUGAAGAUCGUGAACAGAGACCUCUCGAUUUAGUACCUCCCAAUAGCAAACAAAAUCAAGAAGAUAUUGAAGAUAAAUUUGGAAAGUUUGAAAUUCAUCCCAUGAUGGAAGGAGAUGAAACAAAAUCAAUGGUCAGUGAUACUUGGAGCACUGAUGUUCUUGCUAGUGAUUCUGAAACAGUGGAACAAUCUGAUAUAUCAUCACAAAUGUCACAGAGUUGCUUGGAUCGAGCUUUAUUAGAUACUUCAGAAACUGCUAGUCAAAGUGAUGCCUGGAGCACUGAUGUCCUGGCUUCUGAUACUGAGAGACUCCAGGAUAUUGAUACUGAUGAUACAGCAAGUGUUGCUAGAUCAGAUGACACUGCUCGAUCAGAAGUUGAUGGUGAAUUAGCAACUGGCACAGAUGAUAUGAGAAUGGAACGGAAAGAUAUCUUAGACUCUGAUGCAAUGAGAGAUCCAUUUUUAUCUGAGGCAUUUGGCACAAGUGACAAUCCAGUUUUCAUGAAUGCUCAACAAAUGCCUGCAUCUGAUAACUUUUCCAGGGAACAAACAAAUUUUGAUGGAUCCAUGUUCCCAGAAAGGGAUAUGAGAGAGAACAUAUCUAUGUAUGAUUCUGAUUCUGAUUGCUUUAAAGUUCCUGAUCUGUUAUGUAUGGAUAUGGAAAAUACUUGCAAUGUGGAACCUAUUGAUCCUGAGGUCAGUCAAGCAGCCCACGAGGAAAGCCUAAGUAGCAUGCAAAGUUUAGGUCGUGUAAGCUUAGCUGUUCGUGAACUGCCUGAUGCUGGGGAUCAAGAAUCAGGUGUCACACUACUGGAUUCACUACAAGAAACUGUAUCCAUGCAAAAUUCACAGCAAACUCAUCGUUCAUCCAUAGUAGAUAUACUCUCCUUAGACCUGACUCGUACAUUGAACUUGCCAUCCACCUCCAGUGCAUCAACAGAUUCAGCAAUAUCAUCUGGAACUCCAACUGCUGAUUUUGAUCCAUUCUCCUGUAAGGUAGCAUCAAAAUCUUCCAUCAGCAAUGAUUCUUUUAAACCCAAACACUCAGCCAGUGAAAGAGGCUCCAAGCGAAAACUACAAGACUUUGGCCCUGAAGAAGUUUGUCCCCAGUUCCGUGCUGUCUCAUUGGCUGGAAAUUCUAGCAGUGGAACACAAAGCACAUUUGUGUCAUCUACCACAGAUCAGUCUGAUAUAUUUAAUUCCCGACUCAUGAAAGGCAUUUCUGCCCCAGCAGCCUCUAGUGGAGCUAUAUCAAAAUCCAUCAGCUUCCAUAAAAGCACAGAAGAUAUGGAUAUGGAAAUGGAUGACAAAUUUGGAGGCGAUAAGCAUAGAAGAAGUUUAUUUAAAUUAUCUGGAUUUCGCUUCACUUUCAAAGGGAGAAAUCGAAAAUCACAACAAUUUCGAUCAGAUGGAGAUAAAGAUAACCUGAAUGACAUUGAUAUGAGAACUGGAAAUCAACAAUCUCAAAGUUCAUUUGCAGAAAUGAGAGCACUACAACUUGAAUCCAGUGAUGAAAUUCUUGCCAAAUAUCGGAAAAAAUCUCCAGCUACAGCUGCAAGCACAACUUCAAAAUCUUCAGCUUCAGAAUACUCUGAUACUAUGAGCAAUGCAUCCGAUAAUGCCAUUUUAGAUGGCAAUCUUCAAAAUUUUGAUCCUGUAAACAUGGAGAAUUCAGCCAUCUUUUCAGAUGCUAAAUGCAAACUAAGGUUAGUGCUUGGUUCAGCAGACCUUCAGACAUUACCUUGGCUUAACCACUCUCGAGGACGCUCCAUAUCUGGUGCCUUGCAGCGGCUGCAAGAAAAUGAAUUAGUGGCCUUCCUUAAAGUUUUGUUAGCUGAAGCUAUUAACUUGCAGCAAAGACCACUCAUGGCUCACUUGCAUGAAGCUUUAAGAUGUGUUCGCAUGUUUGAUGAUAUUGGAUGCCAAAAGCUGUUUAAAUCCCUGAGAGAUGAUUAUAGGAAAAGGGCCCCUUAUGUUGCUUAUCUUGUUCGGUGUCGUCAAGGUCUCCUGUCAACUCUUUCUCACUUGGAGACGCUGACAGAAAGAGUGGAGAGGGAUAAGCAAGUCUGCAAUCAAUAUUUGAUUAUGACAAGUGUGCGGAUAUUUCUAGAAAAACAUGAUAGAUACUUGCAGCAUUUUGUCAGAUCUUUCCAAGAGCUUGUGGUAGCAGAUGAAAAGGCUAUAAAAGUUGAAGAAUUCUUGAAUUAUCUUUUCAACUAUGUGCAGAAUGACCCUAUGUGGCAGACUGCCAGCGCAAUGCAAAUAGAACAUGCCAAAGCUGUGAUUGAACACUCAGUGAUGAGUAGGAUUUACAUAUUUGCCCUCCAUCCAAAUGGUGAUGGAGAUGUUUUAAGAGAUAUAGUUCUUCAUGAACACAUGCAGAAAUUAUCUCAAGUCAUUACACCUAAUCAUAAAGAUCUGAGAAUUCCUAAGAUUUAUCAUUCUGAGUGCCCUUGGCCUUCAGCACGAGCAGAACUUAUUAACAUCAAUGCAUACAAGACGCCAAGGGAUAAAAUCCAAUGUGUUCUAAGAUGCUGUAAUACUAUCAUGAAUCUUCUGAGCAUGGCCAGCAACAAGUCUGUUCCUGCAGCAGAUGACCUCAUGCCAGUGCUUGUGUAUGUUCUAAUAAAAGCCAAUCCCCCUAAUCUGCUCUCGACAGUUCAGUAUGUCAACACAUUCUAUGAAAAACAGCUGGAAGGUGAGGAAGCAUACUGGUGGACACAGUUUGCUUCAGGAGUGGAAUUUAUAAAAAAUAUGGAUUAUUCAUAAAUGAACCUUGCCUAUUAUAUAUGCUAACUUUGUGGUUUAUUUUUCUUUGAAUCCAGCUAUGAAGUAAAUUAGAAAUUGUUUUAUACGGCAUCAGAUUUUAAAUAUACAUUUAUUGAAUUGUAUCCAAAAAAAUGUGUUGUGAGUUUUAUUGGAAUAUUCAUUAUAAUUCAAACUGAUUCAUUAUCUGUCUCAAUAAUUAAAUUGCUGUUGUUUUAAACAUGGUUAAAUGAAUUUUUUAUUUAAAAAUCUUCCGAUUUAUGAUUGAUGUGAUAGAAGGAAAUGGCUUGAAGCUAUGAGUUGUAACUAUUGUUUUAAUAUAUGAACACACACUCCUUAUAGCUAUCACUGUUAAAUUUAUUAGUAUUCAUUUGAACUUCUUGUUAAAUUGUUUUAGCUUGUUAAAUUUCUAUUUAAAGUAUUGUUUUGGAUUUGGAUAUUAAUUUAAUAUAAAAUAUUUCAAACAAAGUAUUUCAGAUUUCUUAUAAUAUUUCACUUUUUAUAAUGAACAUCUUGUUAACUUCUUUGAUCCCAGAAACAUUAGCUUAAAUUUUAUAGCAUUCUUAAUAAAGAAUUGAAUGUUUGAAAUUGAUCAUAAUUUUGAUUAUUGUUUUCCUGAUAUUAAUAAUGAUAAACUUUUUGUUCUAUUAAAGAUUAGCAAUGUAAACUGAUAAUUAUUUCAUUUGUGUGAAGAAGUAUUUGAAUUUUAGUAUAUUUCUGUAUGUAUAUGUUAUAUUAAUUUUUUUUAUGGCCAUUUAAAAAAAAUGGUUACACUUUUUUUUUUUUUCAUCCUCCCCGUAGGUUGUGCAGCAUCUGUAUAUUAAAAAAAAAAAAAACUUAGCUUAAUUUGCUGAAUAAAUAAGUGUAAUUUUUCCUUAAAUUUAUUAUAAACUCAAUUUGUAAAAGAAUUUUUCUUCCCUCAAUUUUAGACCCACACUCCAAGUAAAACUAAUAACUACAUAAAUUAUAAAAGCCUUGAAUGUACUGAUUUACAUAAAUUAAAUGCUUUUAUGCACUACAGUUAUGAGAAUUCAAUUUUUACACUUUAUUUUUUAUUAAAAAUGCAGUUGUUUCUUCCUCAUGUUAAUUCAUCAUUACACUUUAAUGUAAGAAUAAUUUAGCUUCAUAUUUUAUCUUUUAUUUUGAAGCUUUGAUGGUGAAUAUGUUGUUAUCGUUGAAAUAAUAAUUGAUCUAGGGAUAAGAGCAUAUUUUAAUCUUUCUCUCUCCUUAUUUCAUGAAUUAGUUGAGUAUUUUCUGAAAUGAGAUAUUUUAUACUUUAGAGAUUAUAUAUACACAAUAUAUAUAGAUUUGUCUUUUUCAUUAUUUGUUGAUGUCUGUUGUUAUUUUUUGCUUUAUGAUAUUUCAUGCAUCAAGUAAGAAUGUUUGUUUAUGCAAAAUUAUAAUUCCCAGUGUUGAAAU